AUGUCAGUCGAAGCAAAAACAUUCACGAACAAAUCUAAUGGCGAAACAUUCACAAAAGGCACUUAUAACGGUAUUGAAGUCUUACGUAGAGACAAGGAUGGUUACAUUAAUGCAACAAAUAUGUGUCAGCAGUUUAGGAAAGACUUUAGAAAGUUGUUGGAAAAUAAGUCCUGGGAAGAGUAUUAUAAGGCGUUUUGUGAAGAAUAUAGCAACCGCCGGAAUACAGACGGUUGGUUUUUAUACAAAAUUCAUGCAGGAAUUCCUGAUGAAAUCAAACAGGUUAGAGGAACGUAUGUAGACCCAAGACUUAUAAACUAUAUAGCAAUGUGGGCUUCUCCAAAAUAUUGCAUAGCAGUUGGAAAAAUUAUGGACUCCAUAGACAAGAAAGUUCAUGAGAAAUUAGAUGAAGAAGAACUUGAAGAUACAGUAGAGAAUGCAAAAUAUUUGUUUGAAGAAGAAGUUAGGAAAAUGCAUGAAAAACAAUUAGAACAUGAAC